AUGUACAAUACGAUGAAUAAAAAGUUGAAUAAUAAAAUUAAGAAAAACCAUAGCGUUAAUAAGUUUAAUAAAAAGAAUGUGAACAGAUAUGAUUUUAAGAAGAAAAGUCAAAGUUUCAAACAUAAAAAGGCUAAAUUGAAGAAUAGUCAUUUUGGUGUGAAUAAAAAUUGGAAGGACAAAAUCAAAAAUUCGCAUAUAAAAAAAAAAAGAGAUAAUAAUUAUAAUAAUAAAAAAAAUGAGAAUAAAAGGUUUUCUAUAUAUGAUGAGAAUAAAAAAGAUAUAUAUGAUAUUGAACAUGUGAUAAGAAGUAUUAUUGAAAAAAAAGUGUCCUUAAAAAAAGUAGAUGAUAAAUUUAUAAAUAAUGUGAAAACCAUUUAUGAUAUGAAUGAAGAAUGGUUCAUAUUAAAAAAAAAAUUAGAACAUGUUGUAAUCAAAUAUGUUAUUAAAAAAAAAAAAAAAAACCUUCAAUAUGACAAUAUAAAUUUUUAUGUGAAGAAAUUUCAGAAAAGAAAAAGUGUAUAUGAUAAAAUUGACGAUGUUUAUAUUGAUGCUAAUGGUUAUGAUGAAGAAAAUGGGCAUGCCCUAAAUAAUAAGAAAGAAGGAGGAAAAAAUAAUAAGAACGAAGAUGAAGAUAAUAGUGAUAAUAUAAAUUAUUAUGAUAAUAUGAAAAAAGACUCUCCUUUUGUUCAUCAAGUGAAAUUAUUUGAUCUUGAUAAUGAAGACAUUCUUUUUGAUAUGGAUGAUGAAAAAAAACAAGUUGUUUUAAAUUCAAAAUUAUGGAACAAAAAAAUAAAAGCUUUUCUUAUAAAGAAAUCCAUGUCCCAAAAUGUAACAUUAAAUAAUGAUGAUGAAAAAAACAAAUUUAUUGAUUAUAAUAAUAUCCCAAUACAUUUAAACGAAUUAUAUAAUAAUGAUACCAUUCAUAAAAAUCAUUGUACAAAUAAUAAUAAAAGUGAUGUGAAAAUAAAAAUAAAAUUAAUGUUAAAAAAGAAAAUAAAUAUGAACGAUAUUUAUAAUUUAAUUUAUAAUAUAGGUUUAAAUAUGAUUUAUAAUUAUUAUGAACUUUAUUUAGAAAAAUAUUCUAAUGAUGAAGAAAAAAUUCAUUUAGAAAUUAUACAUAAUAAAAAUAAUAUAUUUAGUGAUAGAAUUAAUAAUAUUGUUGUAUUAAUAAAAAAAAAUCCACUCAUAUAUUUUAUAUAUAUAAAAGUAUUAAUUGAUUUCUAUAAUAAGAAAGAAGAUGUAUUUAUAAAAAAGUCCAUACUUGAAUGUUUAAAACAUAUAUAUUUAUAUAUUCUACCAAAUGAAUAUUUACUAAAUAUAGAAGAAAAUAAUCAAAUAAUUUUGCAUUAUAUAUUAAAUAUUAUAUUUAACAGAUUUAAUUUUAAAGAAUACAAUUUUUCUUCAUAUUAUUUUUUCUUAAAUGCAUUAAUAUACAUAUAUUCAUUUGAAAAUUAUUUGAAGAAAUCUUUUCUACAAUAUAUUUUUAUUUUAAAAAAUGGAAUAUAUAGCUUGAUCCCUAGUUUAUUUUAUCUAUCAGCAAAUAAUAUAAAUGAAUUUUGUUUAAAGAAAAAAGAAAAUAAAUUUGCAAAUCUAAAUAUUAUAUUAGAAGGAUAUUGUACACUCAAUAAAGGAAAUCCAUUAUUAUUAAAUUUUUUAAAAUAUUUAAUAACCUUAGAAAAAUUUAAGGAAUAUAUAACUAAUUAUAUUUUUCAAAAAAUACUUGUAAGUAUAAAAUAUUGUGUAGAUAUUAUAGUAGAUCAUUUAAAAAAUAAAAAGGAACAUAAUAUUAAUAAUGUUGAGGACAAAUUAAAAAAGGAUAUUGUAUGUAUAAAUAGAUGUUUAUAUAUAUUAUAUAAAAUGGAUUCACAUUCCUUUAACAAUAUGAUUGAAAAUAUUAUCUAUUUUGCAACAUACCUUUUUGAAAUGUUUUCAAAAAAUAUAUAUGAAUUGCAUGAACACAAAAAUGAAUUAUUGAAUGAAUGGAGUGUAGAAAAAAUGGCUUAUAUUAAUUAUGAUAAGGAUACACAAAAAGGAAUGAUUAUAAAUACCACUAAUAAAGAAUCAUAUUGUUCUAUAUCAAAUAUAUCAAAGGUUGAUAAUAUUAUAGAAAAUAAUGCUGCAUAUAUAGAUAAUUACAAUGAUAAUCAUAUUAAUGAGAUAAAUAUUAAAAAGGAACAUGAAGAUGACAUAAAUAAUGAAGAAAAAAUAAGUAAAAAGGAUAUAUCUAAUGAUUAUAGUUAUAAUAAUAAUAAUAAUAAUAAUAAUAAUGAUAAUAAUAAUAAUUAUAAUUAUAAUUAUAAUAGUAAUCACAAAGGAGAUGAUCAUCAUAGCGAAGACAUUAAUCGUUCUGAAAAUGUGCAUGACACAAAUAUAACAAGUGAACACGUCAAUGAGAAAGAAAAGGAAGUGAAGGGUGAAAAGAAUAAUGUAUCACAAGAUAAAAAAAAGCAAAAAAAAGAGGAUAAAAAAAAAAAUAUAGAAGAAAAUAUAUUUAAUAAAUAUUGUUUAUAUGGUUAUUUGAGUAGCAAAGUUCUUAAAUUAUUAUCAAGUAUUUUAGUAAAAAAUAUGUACUUUAUUAUUUAUAAUAGAUGUUUAUCAUUAAGAGAUAAGAAUAAUAAUCAAUUUAAUGAAAAGACCAAAAAAAUAGAAGAUAACAAAUAUUUACAUAGUUUAAAUGUAUUAUCUUUUUUAAAAGUUAUUAAAAGUGUAGAAUCGUAUAAAAUAAAAAUAAAUUUCUUAGUUCUUAUGUUCCUUUUAUUAUAUUCAUCAAAACAAAUAGAUGACAAUACAUAUUGUUAUUUUUAUAGCAUAUUAAAAGAUAUGAAUUAUUAUGAAAGUGAACAUACAUAUAAUUUAUAUAGUUUAUUAACAGUAUUAAUAUUGACAGAUAAUAAUAUUAUAAGAAAUAUUAGUUUUAUCAAAAGAAUUUUUCAACACAGUAUUCAUUCAAAAGAAUCAUGGACACAUGUUUUUUCUAUUAUGAUGAUAAGAUAUUUGAUAUUGAAAAAACCAGAAUUUAUCAAAUAUUUAUAUCAUGAAGAAAAAAAGUUAUAUGAAAAUAAUCUAAAUUAUGUAAAAAAUAAUUAUACAUUAAAAUUUAAAAAAUAUAAUCAAGGGAAAGAACUUAAUAUCAAUGAUAAAUUAUUUAUUUAUAAUAAGUCGAUAAAUAAUCCAGUAGAUACAAAUUCAAUAUUAACGCAUCUAUAUGAAUUUUAUACAUUCUCUUCUAUGUUAAAUGAUAAUUUCAAAAGCAUACUCUUAGAAUUUAGAAAUAUAACCAUAUUUAAUUACAACCCUUUUCAAAGGAAAAGAUAUAGUUCUAUAAGAAAUUCUGUUCACCUUGAUUUUUCUAGAAGAAAUGGAAGUUUAAUAAAACAGGAGAAGGGAAAUGAGGAUAAUCAGCAUAAUAAGAAUAAUAUGGAUUGUAUAAACAGUCACGAAAAUGAAACUAAAAACGACUUACAGGGUAACAGUAAGAACAACAAUAAUAAUAAUAAUAAUAAUGAUGUUGAUGAUGAUGAUGAUGAUUUGGUUAUUAAUAUAAAAACAAAAUAUAAUAAUAAAAAUGAAAAGGAUGUAAAAAGUGAUUUUACAUUAAAUUUAAAUAGUGAUGAUGUUACAACUAGUGCUGUUAGUAUUGAUGAGGAAAAGAAAGAAGGAAAUAAUAUAUAUAAUAAACAUGAAAAAAAACAAGAACAUAGUAAAAUUAAUAACUAUUCUCAUGUUAAGCAUAAUAGUAUAUCAAAUGAAUUAAUAUAUGAAUAUACAUACGAAACAAGUGCUGUUAUAAAUAUUAUGGAAAAAUUAGCCAUAGAAUAUAAAAAUGCAAAGGAACAACUAAAUAUGCUUAAUACGUAUAAUAAUUUUUUACAUGACUCAUGUAUUAAUGACAGAACGGUGAAUCAUAGUAAUAAUAAUAAUAAUAAUAAUAAUAAUAAUGUUGAUGUAAAGAAACCAAAACAAAAAUUAAUACAUAAUGUAUACCAAAAAUAUUUCUAUGAUAUAUUAUGCUCAUAUAAUAAUAAUAGUUUUAAAAAGUUCAAAGAUAAAUAUCAUAUUAAAAAGAAAAAAGGUAAAUCCAAAGAUCGUGAAGAUGACGAAGAUGCUUCAUCUACUGAUGAAGAACAAGAAGAAGAUGAAUUUUUAGAUGACUAUAUAAGAAAAAAUUUUGACAUAGAUAACGAUAUAGAUAAUGAUGACGAUGAUGAGGAUGAUCUACUUAUUAACAAUAAAUUUAAAAGAAGUCAAAACAAAAGAAAAAUAACAAAUGGUGAUCCAAAUAAUUAUAAAAAGAACUUUAAGAGGAAAAAAACCAAAACAGAUGAUGAUUUAAAAGAUGACACUAUGGAAUUUACAGAUUUUAUUAACAAAUUAAAAAAGAAAAAAAAUAUUUAA